AUGGAAACUCUGUAUCAGUUGAGGGAUGGUAGUAGAGGAUCACACGAGAAUACGGUGCAUAAGAGAGAAGGGGAUCACUACGUGGGUUCACACAAGAACAACAGUUUGUCAAACACCACGUACAACAUACGAGUUGACAACAAGAAUAGUUCCAACAGCUCAUUGAAAUCUGACAGAAAAAGUCAGCACCACGACCCGACCAAACACGGCACCACCAAGUUUCCAGACAUCGCUCUCAGGCCGGGCCAUGCUGUAGAACAUACAUCAGACUCUCCCGGCAGCAACAGCAGUAACGAUCUUAGAAAAACUGGGAUCAACACGAAACAUCAACCUCCAAGUGAGACAAGAAUUCGGAAAUUAAAAGACAAAGAAAACUACUCAAAACAGACGGGAAUAACCACCAAUAACUUGACGGUAAAAGCGCCUUAUGAUUCGAGUCAUAAACAGACGAUUAACAAACAUGUCGAUUAUUUUCGGAAGAACGAAUUUGAAAAAUCAGACAAUAAAAUAACCGCAAGUAAAGAACGCGCUGGAGACGAUACAAACACAAAUAGAAAUAAACAGUCAAAACUCAAGCAAAAUAUCCCCAAAGUGAAACCAGGUAAUAGCACUUCUCCUGGAGACGAUAACAAGCAGGCAGGUGAGGCAAGAACCACAGGUAAACACGUUACAGAUAAGAAGCGUUUUCACCUGGGUCCACCUACCCGCCUUAAACUCGAGCUUUGUCAGUUUGUCAACCGUGACGUCAUUGGAGGCGAUGAAGUCUGCCAUCUUAGAUUCGGUCCGACAAAAACAACUUACCUAGACUACGUAGCAUCCGGCAGACCACUGAGGUGUAUUGAGAACUAUAUCAGACGUCAUGUUAUGCCGUUUUAUGCCAACACUCACACCGAAGUCAGCUACUACGCGGCACAAACAAACAAACUUCGCGAGGAAGCGAGAGACAUCAUCAAGGAAUCCGUCCACGCCACUGAAGACGACGCCGUCAUCUUUUGUGGGAGUGGAUCAACCUCAGCCAUCCACAAACUUAUCCACGCGAUGGAUCUAAAAAAUAGACAUUAUCACUUAAGUCCCAUUGUAUUUUUGGGACCUUACGAGCACCAUUCGAAUAUUCUUCCGUGGCUAGAGAUGAAAGCUAAAGUGAUCCACAUCAAACAGAAGUCUAACGAAACCAUUGACUUGGAUCACCUGGAACAAGAGUUGCAGGAAACCGAGAACGAGCCAGAGAGAACGUUGAUUGGCUCCUUCUCCGCCGCCUCGAACGUCACCGGCAUAUUGACGGACACCGUGGCCCUGGCCAAUCUCAUGCACCGAUACAAGGGCUUCUGCUUCUUCGACUACGCAUGCGCGGGACCUUAUGUUGAGAUAGACAUGAACUGCUCGGACAAAGGGCCACUGGCUUACAAAGACGGUAUUUUUCUCUCGACCCACAAGUUCCUGGGCGGGCCCCAGACGCCAGGUAUUCUUGUGGCCAAGAAAUGGGUGUUUAAAAAUGAAGUACCGCACGGUGUUGGCGGCGGCACUGUUGUGUUUGUACGGCGCCAACGCCACAGGUACCAUGCAGAACCAGAGCACCGAGAAGAAGGUGGAACACCAGCCAUCAUAGAGACCAUUCGGGCAGGCCUGGUCUUUAAGCUGAAGGAAACAUUCACAUCACAGUUUAUUAUGGAGAGAGAGGCUGCAUUGUUUGGGCGCGCUAAAGCGGCAUGGCGUCCCAACCCCAACCUCAUCAUCCUGGGGAACCUGACCGUCGAUCGUCUGCCCAUCUUCCCCAUGCUGUUUUACAACAGACAAACCGGCCGUCUGCUUCACCACGAUUUCGUCGCCAUGUUGUUGAACGAUCUUUUCGGGCUACAGGUCCGCAGCGGUUGCGCAUGCGCGGCUUUAUAUGGGCUGGAGCUGAUGGGUAUGUCUGAGGAGACAGCUAAGCGCUACGAGGCACUGAUCACAGAGUUUAAGAUGGACAAAAGAUCCCUUGAGGAUUUCACAUCACACGGUUGCUGUGGCAACGGGGCUCAUGUUGAUAACGUUAUAUUCAAACCAGGGUUUGUAAGACUCAACCUUCCAUUUAUUCUUAUAUUAAGACCAGGGUUUGUAAGACUCAACCUUCCAUUUAUUCUUAUAUUAAGACCAGGGUUUGUAAGACUCAACCUUCCAUUUAUUCUUAUAUUAAGACCAGGGUUUGUAAGACUCAACCUUCCAUUUAUUCUUAUAUUAAGACCAGGGUUUGUAAGACUCAACCUUCCAUUUAUUCUUAUAUUAAGACCAGGAUUAAGACCAGGGUUUGUAAGACUCAACCUUCCAUUUAUCGUUACUGACUCAUGCGUGGACUUCGUGAUCAAAGCCAUCCAGAUGACAGCAGACGAUGGCUGGCGUCUGCUUCCCAUGUAUGAUUUUGACAGACAAAGUGGUAGAUGGUGGUACAGACAUAACAAGGACUUUGAACCACCAAAUACCUUGCAAGACGUGGAAUUUUCCAGAGGGUUUUGCGACAUCCGAUCUCCGCGGGAUUCGAUCCCUAGCACUCCUCUCUCGGUUGAUAACAGCGACCGCCUGAGCUUACAAUACGAUUUCCUGCCAGGCACAGACUAUGACGAAAUUCUAGACCGAGCCAAGUUUCUGUUUGAAAGAGCAAGUCAGCCAGGUGUGUUUGACUUACCUGACCAGACACCUGAGUUUACAGGUGAGGCUGAGGAACUCAGGUGGUUCAUGUUGCCGAGUGAGGCUGCUGACGUCAUCAAUCAGAGAGAGGUUGUUCGACUUGACCUUGAUGAUCUACCUUUCGUCCCACCUGCCCUGGCUGAGAAGUUCGAAGGUCACGACAGGGCUGAUAAAAAACAAGUAUAUGUUUGA